AUGGCUCAAACUUUAUAUUUCAGCGUUCUUCUCAUCGCUCUCUGUUCAUUAUCUGAAUGCAUUCAGCGCCGCUAUCACCACAUAAACAUGAAGAAGACCUGGACUGAAGCUCAGAGAUACUGCAGAGAAAACUACACAGAUCUGGCCACAGUCAACAACAUCAAUGACAUGAAUCAACUGAUGAAGAGUGUGGAUAACAGUCUGCUGAUGAGCACUCAAGAUCUGUAUGUCUGGAUUGGACUGAAGAGAUUAAGUAACAACUCACUGGAGUGGUCAGAUGGGAGCGACUCUACAUUCACACACUGGAGGUCUGGUGAACCUAAUACUGCUGAACCUGAAGUUUGUACAGUAACCAUUGUGAACAAUCAGGGAGUAUGGAAUGAUGUAAAGUGCGAUGAGUCUUAUACCUUUGUGUGUCAAGAUAAUCUGAUAUUGAUCCAGAUGAAUCUGAGCUGGUCUGAAGCUCUGAGAUACUGCAGAGAGAAUCAUGUUGAUCUGGUUUCAGUUGAUUCAGAGGAGAUUCAGUUCAUGGUGACAGACGUGAUUGAUGAGUCCUCUACUGAUGCUGUGUGGAUGGGGUUACACCAUUACUGUCAAAUGAACCUCUGGAUCUGGAUACGAGGAGAGGCCGUGUGCUAUCAGAAUUGGGCUCAAGGGAACGAAACAUCAGUGGAUGACUGUGACCGUGAAGUGAAAUCUGGAGCAGUUCAGUCUGGAGGAGAUCAUCUCUGGAUCAGCCUUCCUCAAUCUCACAAACUCAACUUCAUCUGCAGCAGAAAAUAAUUAAAUAAUUUGUGUUUAUCACUUCUUUUUUAUUCUUUGUUCAUUUUCUGGUUUUCAU